AUGGCCGCAAGACUCACCUCAAGGCUCUUACGGUCCCCGUCUCUCACUCCCAAGUCUGCAUUCACUGAUGUCAAGAGCCAAGGCGAGUCUUCACAGGAGCCUGCAGAUAGUGCGCGGCCAGCCAAAGCACACAAGGCCCUAGCCGCAGGCUCUGAAUCCAAAAUGACACCUGCUGCCGUCAAUCCCGUCAAACCAACACCGCCGACCCUCCCAAAGCUCAUCACCCCACAGAACCAGGACGCCGGCUUCCACGGCGUCAUCAACCCGGUGGUGGGCGAGAUAUACCAAGGCUUCUACAAAGACCAGAACUACCAAGGCUGGUGGAUGUGCACGCCUCUGCCCUGGGAGGCCUGGGAGCGCGAGAUCGGCAUCAACUACAGCUUCCACCAGGCGGACCUUUUCAAGGACCUGCCCGAGUGCUACACGACGGACCGCGUGCGCGCCAAGCCCAAGGGCCGCAAGAUGAAGACGGUCAUCACGGGCUGGGAGAAGGGCUUCGAGGCGGGCGGGCCAAGGGCCAGGGAGCGCGUCUUCCCCGUGCUCUUCUUCGACGACGUGCCCGGCGAGCCUGGUAACUUCAAGUUCCCGGACUCGCCCGAGAAGGUCUUCUCCUUCAGCAAGCAGACGCUUAGGGCCCUGCCUGCCGAGUGGGUCGCCGCGGCGGAUCUGAGGCUCCCGGGGGUUGAUGUCGGCCGGCCCGUCCAGGGGCGGGACACGGCGGAGCGGUUCAGAGAGAGGGUCCGGGCCCGGAAAGCCCUUCAGGCUAAGAAGAAGUUGGGCACGCCUAAGAAGGCCAGGACUGGGACCUCUGCUUCUUUUGAGGCCAGUUCUCCUGUGGAGGCCAGCUCUGCCGUGGAUCUGAGCUCCGCCAUGGAGGACACCACCCGAGAGGAUAUCGAGAUGGCUGAUGCGGAAUCGCUGUCUGGCGCUACUGCCGUCGACGACACAGCGGGUCAGCCUAAUGUUUCAGAGGGCCCGAAGACUCCUCCGACCGCGAAAAUCUCUCUGAAAGGCAAAGCAGGUCAGCCAGGUCUUGUUAAGGCCGAGAUGGCGGACCCGACCGAGAAGAGUCCUCCGAGCAACGCCUCUAGGGGAUGGAGGGCUGUUAUUUUCGGCGAAGAUUCGUGA